AUGAGUUCCCCCGAAUCAAAGGAAGAAGAAUGGAAAACAGGAUUACCAACGCCAUGGACAGUAAGAUACAGUAAAUCUAAAAAGAGAGAGUAUUUCUUCAAUACAGAAUCGAAACAAUCUCAAUGGGAAUCUCCCGAAGGAACAAAUGAAGAGGAAUUGAAAAACUAUUUGAGAGUUAAUCCAGUCCGUAUAAGAUGUCUUCAUAUCUUAAUUAAACAUAAGGAUUCACGUAGACCUGCAUCUCAUAGAUCGCAAAAUAUUACGUUAAGUAAGGAAGAUGCUAUUAAGGAAUUGGAAACUAUCAAGUUAAGAUUGGAUGAUAAUAAGAAUACUUUCGAAUCGUUAGCGAAGGAAAGAUCUGAUUGCUCAUCGUAUAAGAGAGGAGGUGAUCUUGGAUGGUUUGGAAAGGGUGAAAUGCAACCUAGUUUUGAAAAAGCUGCAUUUGCCCUCAAAGUGAACCAAGUUAGUGAUAUAGUAGAGAGUGACAGUGGAGUCCAUUUAAUCAAAAGAGUAGGUUAG